AUGACCACUGUUGUUCCAACAACCACCACGGUUGCUCCAACCACCACCACAGUUGCUCCAACGACUACAACUGUUGCUCCAACGACCACAACUGUUGCUCUAACGACCACUACUGUUGCUCCAACGACCACAACUGUUUCUCCAACGACCACAACGGUAGCACCAAUGACCACAACAGUUCCUUCAACAACCACAACUGUUGCUCCAACGACCACAACAGUUGCCCCAACCACCACAGUUGCUCCAACGACGACAACUGUUGCUCCAACAACAACCACGGUUGCUCCAACCACCACCACAGUUGUUCCGAUGACCACAACUGUUGCUCCAACGACCACAACUGUUGCUCCAACAACCACAACUGCUGCUCCAACGACCACAACAGUUGCCCCAACCACCACAGUUGCUCCAACAACGACAACUGUUGCUCCAACAACCACCACGGUUGCUCCAACCACCACCACAGUUGCUCCAACGACCACAUCUGUUGCUCCAACGACCACAACUGUUGCUCCAACAACAACAACUGUUGCUCCAACAACCACAACUGCUGCUCAAACCACAACCACAGUU